AUGGCGGCGCUUUAUAAAUUUCUCAUGGCACUCUUGGAUGGGAGCCUGUUCGUCUCGAGCGGGGAUCCCAAGCCAUUCCCAAUGGAGAAUGAGGGGAAUGCAACCAAGUCUGCAGCACCCCAAACUGCGCGACUGGACGAGCAGGGACUCGAACCUGAUGCCACGGCCAUGGCACCACCGGCGUAUUCAGCCGUGGCAUCGCAACCUGCCACGAGUCCAGCAGAGCUAUUUCAGUGGAUGGCAGGUGCACCCAACUUUGCUACGCGCCGGGCCCAGCUCGAAGCCUACUGUCGCUCGCCCUAUUCGCCUCGACUCUUUGAGCAUGAUGUGCAUGACAUUGUGCUCAAGUAUGGUAGUACCCCGUCCGAAAAGACCGCGCUUGCUCGCACCAUUGGACACAGUUCGCAGCACGGACAUGCUCCAUACCCAGCCACAACCCUUGCUUCCUUGGUGGCAGCAAUGCCCGAGCUGGAGCAAAAGGAGCGCAUGCUGGAGGCCUUGUAUCCCGCCGUUGCCGUGGCCCACACUGACAAGAGCUCCAUUCUGCCACCACCCCUUUAUUGGCACUUGUGUCCCAAAAAGCGAGGAAGACAUCUCAACCCAUGCCAAUUUUCCGAGCUGCCGCCAUUCUUCGUCGGCGUCUCAUUCCUGGCAGCCGUUAACCGCGCACCAGCCAGCGCCAGCGCGCCUUGUUUGACCUCAAGUAACAACAGAACGUUUGAUACUCUCUACAUCAACUACACGAGCCUUCUCACUUUGAACAACCUUCACACCAGAAUUUACCGCAACAACUCCUGA